UUCUAAUACGUUUUUAGUCCUUUUAAAUACACAAAAAAGUGAUAAUUCAACUGAUUAUUUUGUACUUUCUUUAUCCUUAUGUAGUAGAUAUUCCAUUAUUUGGUGUUCUUUAUUUUUAAUAAGUUGCAGUAACACUUCAAAUAAUGAAUACAGUUGCAAAUUCUUUCUAAGGUAUCUGAGACAUUAAAAGAACUAACAAUGGAAACAAAUACAAAAAACAAAGAUCAAACAAAACUUGAUGCUGGUGGAAAAGAAAAACUGAGAACUUCUAAACAUCAUACCUCAGAGACUGAUAGUUCUAUUUCACUGACAUUUGAUUCUGCUGUAGAUUGCAGUUACAAAUCUGAUGAAAUUAGCCUCACAAGGACUUCUACAACAGAAAAUAUAUCAAGUUUAAGUAUAUCAGAUUGUAGUGUAUUUUCAAAAUCGGACUUGAGAUUUGAUAGUGGUCUUGGAACAGACUGUAUUUCGCCUUUGACUUCAGAAAGUUGUCUUGCACCCGAGGAAGUAUCAAAAGAAAUCACUACAGAAACUUAUGAUAAAAACCGUAAACUUACUUGGAAGGAUAUCUUUACACCAGAUAAAGAUGGUGAUACACUCUUACAUCUUGCCAUUGUAGAAGCCCUUUCUGAUAUUACAUGUCCAUUGAUUCAAUUAGCACCUCAUCCAGAUUUUUUGGACAUAACUAAUGAUUUAUAUCAAACUCCUUUGCAUUUAGCAGCCCUAACGGGAAAAUCAAACAUUGUUCGUAAGCUUAUUGUCGCCGGAGCAACUGUGGACAUUCAAGAUCAUAGUGGCAACAUACCUUUACAUAUUGCUGCACGCAGCGGAGAUCUGGAUUGUGUUGAGCUGAUACUGAUGCCAAUAUCUGAUGCUGAACUAGAACUAGCGAAGUGUUCUUACAGAAUAUUUGCCAGAAAGGAUGUAGACUUAUCUCAUCUAAUUAACUUGAAAAACUAUGAUGGGCAAUCUUGUGUUCAUCUUGCUGCAUCAGGAGGAUUCAAAAAAGUUCUAGAAUGUCUGUUCAAAUAUAGAGGGGACAUAAAUGAACAAGAUGGUAAAAGUGGGCGAACUCCUUUGCAUUACGCAAUCGAAAAUGAAAAUGUAGAAUUAGUGCAGCUACUACUCACAAAAUGCCGUGCUAAUCCCUAUGUAAAGAAUUACGCCGGACAAACUGCAUUUUGCAUUGCUCGAUCACUUCAUAAGAGAAAGCCUUCAGAGAUUCGUAGAAGCAUUAUCGAAAUUUUGAAACCCUAUGCUGAAAAAUGGGAUUCAAGUUCUGACUUUGAAUGGGAAUCUUCCAGUGAUGAGGCUGAUGCAACAGAAUUAAAUCAAAAGAACUCUCAAGAACAUGCGAAUAAAUGACACAAAUAGGAACUACCAAGUUUAUGAAUUGUUGAUUGAAAGUGAUUCUUGUUGUGAACUCAAAAUGGAUUUUGAAACUUGACUGCCGUGCAAAAGUGUUCAUGUUAAUUUUUAAGGUUGGUUUAAAUUACACCUGAAAAGUACGUGGUGAUGAAGAGUACAAAUUGCUUUUAUCGUAUUGAAGCAUUACUAAGUGAUUUAUUAUGAAAUAAAUUUGUUAAUAUGAUAUUUGUACAUAGUGUAUGUUGCUUGUUUACUGAAGGAAUGCUGUCCGUAAAACAUGCCUUAAGGAAUGUGAUUGUGCUUAGUUCAAAGUAUAUUUAUUCUUUACAGUGUAUAAACGCCUAAUCUAUAUUAUUAACAGCUGAGUAUUGCUAUUACAUUACGUUUAUUGUAAUU